AUGCCCGCCCCUACCGCCAAGCAGGUGGAAAUCGCCGCCCCGCCGCCUGAGGCUGCUUUCCAGGAGGAGCAGCAGGACGAGGAGCUUCUGCUCGAUGCGCCGACUGCGCUGCCCGAAGACCUGGAUGCGAUCAUGCCUAGCGUGCCCCAGAACGGAGAGGAGAGCGAGAUGGUCGUCGACGAGGAGAACCGCCCGCGCUUUGCGCCCGCCAGAGACAUUGACCCCGUCACCAGAAUAGAGACCCGUAAGGUCCCGGUGCCUCCUCACCGCUUCACCCCCCUCAAGUCCGCCUGGCCCAAGAUCUACCCCCCUCUUGUCGAGCACCUCAAGCUUCAGGUCCGCAUGAACCCGCGGAGGAAACAGGUCGAGCUCCGCACAUCCAAGCACUCCACCGAGGACGGCGCCCUGCAGAAGGGCGAGGACUUUGUCAAGGCCUUUACCCUGGGCUUCGACGUUGACGAUGCUAUUGCGCUGUUGCGUCUGGACGAUCUUUACAUCGAGACUUUCGAGAUCCGAGACGUCAAGCAGGUCAUGGGCAAUGAGGCGCAGGGCCGUGCUAUCGGUCGCAUAGCAGGCAAGGACGGCAAGACGAAAUUCGCCAUCGAGAACGCCAGCAAGACCCGUAUCGUCCUGGCCGACAGCAAGAUCCACAUCCUCGGCGCCUACAAGAACAUCCACAUGGCCCGUGAGUCCAUCGUGAGCUUGAUUCUCGGAAAGCCUCCUUCCAAGGUCUACGGCAACCUGAGAACAGUCGCCGCGCGCAUGAAGGAGAGAUUUUAA